GGGCCGCUGGUUUCCUUUCUGGUUGCUCCCUCAUCUGACGUGGCCUAAACCAUCUCUCCCGCUCCCUCCCCCUCCCCCUUCCCCUUUACUCCUUCACUACCGCAAAUCAACAUGCCUCCGCCAAAAGUAGACGAAGAGGCUCCCCACACAGACCUCACCAAUGACCACCCCCGGAAUGGCGGCUCAAGUCGCAGCAGUAGCACCAGGAAUCGCAUCACCAGCGGGGAGAAGGCCGUCUUCGAGGCAGGCAGUCCAGCACCUAGCAGCGAGGGCCGACGUGCCGACACCUUGGGUGCCUUGCUCAACAACCCCCUCGUCGGCAUGUCCCGCGAGGAGGUCCUCGCUGACGUCGACGCUUUCGUCGAGCAGAAGGGCAUCGCCGAGCACCGCGACAUCUUCCGCAAGGGCGGACUCGUCGCCCAGGUGAACAACCAGGACGGCGCUUUCGAGCACAUCAGCGAGCUGGACCAGGACGAGAAGGCCAUCCUGCAUCGCGAACUCACCCACCGCUGGAGCCAACCUUUCAUGCUCUACUUCCUCUGCACUCUGUGUGCCGGCUCUGCCAUUGUCCAGGGCAUGGACCAAUCUGCCGUCAACGGAGCUCAGACUUUUUACUACGAGUACUUCGACAUCCGGACCCCUGAAAUGCAGGGCCUGCUCAACGGUGCCCCUUACCUUUGCUCGGCCCUACUCGGCUGCUGGACCAACCCCGUACUGAACAAGUACUUUGGUCGCCGCGGAACCAUCUUCAUCAGCUGCUUUGUGUCCGUUGUAACUGGUUUCUGGAUGGCUGCCGCUGACUCCUGGUACAACCUCCUCAUCGCCCGUUUCGCCCUCGGUUUCGCCGUCGGCGCCAAGUCCAGCACCACCCCCGUCUACUCGGCCGAAUCAACCCCCAAGACCAUUCGCGGCGCCCUCACCAUGAUGUGGCAGAUGUGGACCGCCUUCGGCAUUGCCCUCGGUACCAUCGUCGGCGUCGCCUUCGCCAACGUGACCGUCUUCGGAGAAAACACCCAGUGGCGCUGGAUCAUGGGCUCGACCUCGAUCCCGCCCCUGAUCGUCAUGCUCCAGGUCUACUUCUGCCCCGAGUCGCCCCGCUGGUACAUGGAGAAGAACAGGUACCCCGAGGCCUUCAGCGCCAUGAGGCGCCUGCGCUACUCGCCCGUCCAGGCCGCCCGCGACAUCUACUACGCCCACAAGCUCCUGGAGAUCGAGUCGGCCGAGCGCGCCGGCCGCAGCUGGAAGGAGUUCUUUACCGUUCGCCGCAACCGUCGCGCCGCCCAGUCUUCCUGGUUCGUCAUGUUCAUGCAGCAGUUCUGCGGUGUGAACGUCAUCGUCUACUAUUCGAUGCAAAUCUUCCAGAACGCCAACUACACCCGCGACGAGGCGCUGCUGGUGACCAUGGGCACGGGCCUGACCAACUGGCUUUUCGCCAUCCCCGCCAUUUACACCAUCGACACCUUCGGUCGCCGCAACCUUCUGCUGGUCACCUUCCCGCUCAUGUCCAUCUUCAUGUUCUUCACCGGAUUCAGUUUCUUCCUCCCCGAAGGCAGCAACGCCCGCCUGGCCUGCAUCGCCACGGGUAUUUUCUGUUUCAUGGCCGUCUAUUCUCCGGGUGCUGGCCCCGUGCCUUUCACCUACUCGGCCGAAGCCUUCCCUCUUCAUAUCCGUGACAUCGGCAUGUGCAGUGCCACCGCCGUUACCUGGGGUCUCAACUUCGUUAUCAGCUUCAGCUGGCCCUCCCUCGUCGCCACCUUCGGCGACACGGGCGCCUUCGCUUGGUACGGCGCAUGGAACCUCUUCGGAUGGGUCGUGUGCUUCUUCUUCCUGCCCGAGACCAAGAACCUCACGCUCGAGGAACUCGACAGCGUCUUCAGCGUCCGCAACCGCGACCACGCCCGCUACUACCUCGACAAGCUGCCGUGGUAUGCCAAGAAGUACCUGCUCUUCCAGGACGUGGCCCCCAUUCCGCCCCUCUACGCCUUCAGCCAGAAGUCGCCGUCCGAGAAGAAGCACGAGAUGGCCGCGGCCACUGUGUCUCGCAACGAGGGCACCGUGCAGUAAAAAAAGAAAGCUGGCGACCGGAGAGAUUAGGGGAUGUGCACUAGUUCCGGUUUUCUUUUUGGGCUUGUGUGCGUAGGAGAGGGGCCUGGUUUGUCCACGCCCGGCAAGUCACGGCAUUUACUUUUUAUUGUUAUUUUCUAUUUUCCUUUUUUCCCCCUUUUUUCCGUUGUUUUCGUCUUCCCUUGUGUCUACUGGCGUCGUUACAUACUCUACCUCUGAGAUACC